CGAUGUUUUCCCAGUCCUAGCAAGCAAGCCAGAAAUUAUUUUGAUCCAAAUUGAUUCCAAUUGCAAAGUUGUUUUUAUUUUUUCUGUACACAAUCACUGCCAUGGACGAUCUGAACCCUUUGGCAGGCACAGCUCACCUCCUGGAAGAAGUGGACAAGAAGCUGAUGGUGCUCUUGCGGGAUGGUCGUACCCUAAUUGGUUACCUGCGAUCGGUGGAUCAGUUUGCCAACUUGGUUUUGCAGCGCACCAUUGAGAGGAUACAUGUGGGCAAUCAGUAUGGCGACAUUCCACGAGGAGUGUUCAUAAUCCGAGGGGAGAAUGUUGUCCUAUUGGGUGAAAUUGAUCGUGAAAAGGAACAAAAGCUGCCACUCAAAGAGAUAUCUGUGGACGAAAUCCUGGAUGCCCAACGACGCGAGCAGGAGCAGCGCCAAGAGAAGCAUCGCCUAGUGUCCAAGGCACUCAAAGAGCGCGGCCUGGCCGUUAACGCGGAACUAAUCAAUGAGGAUUUCUGCUAGGAAGACACUAAACUAAAUAGACUAAGCAUAAAAGGAUUUUUCGUCACUUUGUAUAUUUGUACUGCAUUAAAAACUAUUCUAAAACCUAUA